AUGCUCAGCUUCUUUAACAUCGCCUUUCUCUUCUCUACUUGUCUCUUCGCUUUCUCUGCAUUCUUUUACUCCCCUACACCAGGCCUUUCUCUUGACCCACACGCAACUGUUCUCGAAUCCUCGUCACCGGUCACUUCCAACAGCAAUUCCAGCAGCAAGCCCGCGGAAGCUACAGAUAAUAUCCUUGCUGAACUCGUGCAGUCGUUGACACCCAUCCCUCCGCAAUCAUUGACCGCCAUCCUUCCUAUCUUGCCGCACACUUUGGACCGGACCGCAGACCUCCUUCACCCUUUCCUAGAACCGUUACAAUCUCUCCGUGAACUGCUUAUAAUAUGCCCAGACUCGAUUACUGCAGACGUUCGCCGGGAACUGCAGCGGGCGUUUGCCGCUCUUGACUCGGCUGCCUAUCCGGAUGUCUCCUUACAGCCGUGGCAAGGCUACAUGCAAGUCCACGCCGCUUCUCUUAAGUCCGCUGCGGGCGUUUCGACCGAGUGGGUGUUGGUCAUGGACGAAAGCGGCUUGGCGGGUAUACCAGACACCGCAAAAGCGGCCUUACUGCACCCCCCUAACGCUUCGGUUCCGUUCGGUCCCAAAGGGCAGCAUGACUGGUUAGAUUCGUCCCCGACUGCUUCCUGUGGAUGGGGCCAAGUUCAACGAACGCUAUAUCUGCUUCCUCCUUUUGUGAUGCCCACCUCGUCAAACAGUGAGGUCGGUCUGGACAUGAACGGCCAAUCUUGGAUUGUGCACGGCUCUUCGAACGAAACAGACCUGGGUGGCUUGCUUCUAGGCAGCAGAAGGGGCAAGAUGGAAGUGCAUACAUCGCAACUCAGUUUCAACCCUGAUGGUCGCCAGAGUUCAGCAAUUCCUCUGUUCGACCUUGGUCACAAUUCAAUUCCCGAGACAGCUCCCUCAUUCACCACCCUCAAUUAUCCUGGUCAUAUUGAAUUUGUCUUUUUCCUUUCAGUUGUCGAUGAUGUCAAACGAAUCUCUCCUUUCCUCUGCAGACUGCAACGACUGAAUCCUCGUCCUGCUUUACGAUUGUUGGUAUACGAUGACGAAAACCAUCGUCCAUUGACUGGGCCGAAAUGGACUACGCAAUCUCUGAUAGCUGACUCUUGCAUCGUUGAAUAUGACAUCCUCUUAGAAGCUCCUGUCGUUUUCUCUGAACCUGGCGCUGUUGUCCUUCUGGAAUGGCUGGAGAUCCAGGCCACAACUAUCGACAUCUUACUGACGAUCGAAGGCUUUGACCCUUUCACUGCUUACCUGUUGUCCGCUCAAAGGAUGCCAGUGCUCAAUGACACAACAGUAAUACGUAUUCCUCGGCGAGAUCUCGGGUACAUUGACUGGGUGUCUUCCCUAUCGGUACAUGAACUCAAAAACUGGCACAAGCCCAACGUCGAAAUCGCUGUAAUCACCAAGGAUCGUCCGGCGUCACUUCUCCGGCUUCUCGGGUCGCUGCAGAAUGCUCAUUAUUUUGGAGACCAGAUAAGCUUACGAAUCAACGUGGAGCAAGAUUGCGACAGCAAUUCUCUAAGGAUCAUCGAGCAGACAUCCUGGCCGUAUGGGCGUGUUUUUGUCCAUCAUAGGGUCAUCCAUGGAGGGCUUCUUCCUGCAGUUGUGGAGUCGUGGUAUCCCCAUACCAAUGACUCUUACGGUGUACUGCUUGAAGACGAUGUCGAAGUUUCCCCGCUGUUCUAUGCGUGGAUCAAGAUGACCCUCCUGAGAUACAGGUACGGCAAACCACAGAACAGACUUGUGCAACUGUUCGGUGUCAGCCUCUACCAACAGAAGCACCUCGAGUUGCCCAUCGAGGGCCGACAACCGUUCAAUCCACGUUCAUUAUUUUCUCUGGUCGGUCUCCCAGAAACAAAUACACCGUAUCUUUCCCAGGUGCCAUGCAGUUGGGGUGCUCUAUACUUCCCGGAACAGUGGCGCGAAUUUCACGACUAUUUGGCUGUCCGUUUCACAGAGACAGCGCUGACAAUGGACGAAGACGUUGUUCCUAACGUCCGGUCGAACUACUGGACGAAGUCAUGGAAAAAAUUCUUCAUUGAACUCAUCUAUCUCCGCGGCUACCUGAUGCUUUACCCCAACUACGAUGCCUUUCUAUCACUGUCGACCAAUCAUCUCGAAGUCGGCUCGCACGUCAAAACUGGGGAGGCAUCCAAGCUCUUGGAUCUCCCCGACCACCGCCUUCCCGACAUUGAAGAGAAUGUUGAGACGUCGUGA